AUGGAUAUUUCUCAGGCUGGCGAAUGGAUUCGUCAAGCGCAAAUAAAGCCAUCUUGCUGUCUAAUACUCAGUGAUGUCCCAAUAGAUGUGAGGGAUGAGACUAUCGCAGAUGUGCUUAACACAGUAAAGCUAUUCGGCCGUACCAAGAUUCAUGGUAAACGGGGAGAUCCUACAGGAACUAAGUUGUUUUUGUUGCUGGAAACCAGUAAUGACAUUGAUCCAGAUACUGUACCACCAGAGGUAGGGAUUCCUGGUGAAGUGGGGCCAUGGAGGGUACAUGUACCUGGAAGAAUGGUGACAGAUCCUUCUGUGGGAGAUGCUGUUUUUCAGGAUAAGUUGUUGUCCUUGUUGCAGCAGGAAGGAAAGACACUGGAGGAUGUGAAGGCUAUGUUGGAGCAAGGUCAGUCCUCUGAUGCAAAAGUUAAUCUUGAUUUGGUGAAUGCUAUUGAUCGCCUUGUGGAAAAGUGUAUCCAUAUGCCCAGUGAUACUGUGGGUUAUAGGAGAUUAAGAGUAUUUUCAGGUGUGAAACCAGUACCUGCUGGGGAGGAAGAGUAUGACCCCUGGAUGGAGCAGGCUGUUCAAAUGAUCAGCGAGUGGCAGUGUGCUGAUUCUGUGAAAAGGCAGCGUAUUGUUGAGAGUUUGCGGGGACCCGCUUCAGACAUAGUCCGGUUUCUGAAGGUUAGUAAUCCAACUGCCACAGCUACUGAUUAUUUGGUUGCUCUUGAAACAGCCUAUGGAACUACUGAAAGUAAUUCUGAUCUUCUUGCAAAGUUCAGGGGCACUUACCAAGGGGAAAGUGAGAAGCUUUCUGAUUUUCUAUAUAGGCUGGACAAGCUCCUUCAUCGCAUGCUUGUAAAAGGUGGUGUUGUAGCCGCUGAUUUGGAUCGCAUGCGCAUGGAGCAAGUGGUUAAGGGAGCUCGUACUACUGAUAUGGUAGCACUACGACUAAGAAUGACCCACACUUUGCGUGAUCCUCCUAGUUUCUCGAAAUUGUUACGGGAAGUAAGGGAAGAAGAGGAUUGGAUCAGGUCUAGAGAGGGUGGAAAAGUAGUGGUUUCUGCUGCCUCUAUUCCACAGGCUUCUUUGGUGUCUGAAUUGAGCAUUAUAAAGCAAGAGGUGAGUGCACUUACAACUCAGAUGUCCCAGCUGUUGAAAGCAGCUGCACAUGACCCUGUUCCUGAGCAUUCUUCCAAGGCAUCUGGCCCUGUGUGUCAAGUGGCGGAUGCAAGUGCUACAGAAGUUUCCGGCAAAAAGAGCACAUCCAAGUUUACUCGGCCUGGAGUUUUCUGUUACAAGUGUGGUGAGGAUGGCCACACAAAGAGAGAGUGUCGGGGAACUGAAAACCUGAGGAAAGUAAAUCAAAAAUUGAUCAGUCAGAGCAGGUUCUCGGGAAACUUCUAG